CUCGCAUCUAUCGAGUGUGAUGGUCGCCUUUUUUUUUUGUUUUCGCGUGCACCGAAUACAGCUGGAUAUUGCUAGAUAUGUCAAAGAUGACAAGGAUGGUGGCACCAUUCUCAGCCUGACACCCAAUCCCGCUCGGAGAGUGUCGUGCGAUUGAAUUCGCGUGCAUUCCAAAAGGGUCGUUAUGAAUCAUUAAUCGUUAAGUUGUGAUUGUAAAAGCUGCUCGAACACACAACCGCGACAUGGCAUCUCGCAGAUGGUUUCACCCCAAUAUCACAGGUUUAGAAGCAGAACGUUUAUUAAUGGAAAGGGGAUAUGACAGUUCAUUUUUAGCACGCCCGAGUUCUUCAAAUCCUGGUGAUUUUACAUUAUCUGUCAGACGAAAUGGUGAAGUGACUCAUAUUAAAAUACAAAAUACGGGAGACUUUUAUGAUCUUUAUGGUGGUGAAAAAUUUGCCACGCUUUCCGAGUUGGUACAAUUUUAUAUGGAAAAUGGUGGACAAUUGCGUGAGAAAAAUGGCGAAAUUAUCGAGCUUAAAUAUCCUCUCAAUUGUGCCGAUCCUACAACUGAAAGGUGGUUUCAUGGUCAUUUGUCAGCGAAAGAGGCGGAACGGUUAAUGCUGGAACGCGGAAAAAAUGGAUCUUUUUUGGUGCGCGAGUCUCAAAGUAAACCCGGCGAUUUUGUAUUGUCCGUACGCACCGAUGAUCGCGUUACUCAUGUUAUGAUACGAUCUCAGGAUAACAAAUAUGAUGUAGGUGGUGGCCACAAGUUUGACAGUCUCAGUGAUUUAAUUGAACAUUAUAAACGAAAUCCAAUGGUUGAAACAAGCGGAAGCGUUGUACACCUUCGGCACCCAUUCAAUGCGACACGUAUUAAUGCUAGUGAUAUAGAGAGUAGAGUAAAACAAUUACAUAAAGAAAAUGGCUGUUCCAACGGCCGGCUGUGUUGGAAUGGAGCUACUGGAAAUAAUGAGGGCGAAGUAGGUCGUGGCAAAGGAAAAGCUGGUUUCUGGGAAGAAUUCGAAUCAUUGCAACAGCAAGAAUGUCGACAUUUAUUUUCGAGAAAGGAAGGUUUACGCCCAGAGAAUCGCGCAAAGAAUCGUUAUAAGAACAUCUUACCCUUUGAUCAUACUAGGGUACGAUUAAAAGACGUAGAUCCAAACAUCCCUGGAGCUGAUUAUAUUAAUGCUAAUUAUAUAAAGAACGAGGAAGGUGAUCCCAUUAAUAGUGGCGUGGAUGUUACGUCAUUUGGCAAAUGUUACAUAGCUACACAAGGUUGUCUUCCAAACACCAUACAGGAUUUUUGGCAUAUGGUUUAUCAAGAAAAUACUCGUGUGAUUGUUAUGACCACAAAGGAAGUGGAGAGGGCAAAGAAUAAAUGCGCACGUUAUUGGCCGGAAGAAGAAGAAGUUGCUGAAUAUGGUAAUGAGUGGAAAGUGCGCGCUGUAUCGCGAACCUCGACUGCUGAUUAUACUCUGCGUGAGUUUCUCCUACAAGGAACCAAACCAAACUUUUCUGAAUCUAGGAGAAUUUAUCAUUAUCAUUUUCAAGCAUGGCCUGAUCAUGGUGUUCCAUCAGAUCCUGGCUGUGUGCUGAAUUUUCUGCACGAUGUAAAUGCCAGACAAGAAUCGAUUGCUGCAUCUUUGGCUUCCAAUAAUCAGAAUGUACCAUGCAUAGGACCCAUUCUUGUUCAUUGUAGUGCUGGAAUUGGCAGAACUGGCACAUUUAUUGUUAUUGACAUGAUUUUAGAUCAAAUUAAACGUCACGGGCUUCAUUGUGACAUUGAUAUUCAACAUACAAUACAACGAGUACGUUCACAAAGAUCAGGAAUGGUUCAGACGGAAGCACAAUAUAAAUUUGUUUACCUCGCCGUUCUGCAUUAUAUCGAGACUGUAAUUCAGCGAAUGCAAGCAGAACAGAAAUCACUUCAGUUAGGCAGAGAAUAUACUAAUAUUCGCUACAAAAGCGAGACGAACGCUUCCGCGAAUUCUCUCAUGAGCGAGCCCUCUAUUUCCACGUGUACACCGACAACUCUUUCAACAUUGUCCACAUCUACCUAUAAUUUGAGGCCAAAGUAAUUUUCGUUAGGCUUUCAAUCGGUUUUACAUAUAUUUGGGAAAGCAAAGAAGAGGCUUUGUUACUUCCUCUCAUUUUCUUUCUUUUUCCCGUUCUUUCUUCUUUAUUUCUCUGUUAAUAGAUGUUAAAAGAAGAAUUGUGCUAUAUGAUGACAUGUCCUGUUUACUAAAGUUUAUUCGCCAACGAGAAUUCACUUUCGCCUUUAUUAUUAAAUAUAUUUUUUAUCUAAAGCUCUGAUGAUGCAUUUUUUAAGCAAUCAGAUUUUGUAUAUAAAUAUAUAUGUAUAAAUAGACAUAUGCGUAUACAUAUAUACAUAUAUAUAUAUGUUAAAAGAAAAAAGAUAUAAUUCGACGAUUUAUAGUGUUACUUUUAUGAAUGGAUAAUGGAUUACUGAAAAUGUACUAAAGACUGCUGAUACUCUCUAUUUUUUUCAGUAUGUGUGUACACACACACACACACACACACACACACACACACACACACACACACAUAUAUAUAUGUUCUAUUCCAUGUUAUAUUUCUAAAAUGUCCUGAUAUAAAAGUGUAAUAAAAAUAAUAUAGUAGGAACUCGAAUCCGCGCGCGCGAUUAGUAAAGAUGGAAAUUCCAUGAAGACUGGAAUCAGUUUAGUGAAGAUUUGAGAAGGAAUUAGCACAGAUUUAAAUUUUGGUAAUAGAGAUUCACAUCUACUUAGAUUCCUUAUCUAGUGCAGAUCCAAAUCUUUUUUCUUCAAGAAUAUGCAAUAUAAUUACCAGCCUAUAGUGUCUUACUGUAUCAUUUAGAAAAUAAUGAUGCAUUUUUAAAUGUGAGAUAAUCAUGGAAAUACUGAGGAAAACAUGUAAUUCUUUAUUAUAGGAUAUAAUUUUAUCAUAACAUUAACUUAUAAAAUAAUUUCAUUAAAAUCAUUUUAUGUUACUGUAACGCAUAUAAGGAAACAUAUUAUGUUUGAUAUAUAAUUUUAAUUAUUUUUGAGAAUUACAAUUGUAUUUCUACAAUUAACUACAAACAAUUAAACUUCAAUUUUAGUUAA